AUGAGUAGUGCCAGGGGAGCAGAAGUGGCCCAGCUUUGUUUUUGUUCUUUCGGUCUUCCUUUUUCCUUUUCGAUUGUCAGAAAUUCGAAGGUAGCUUCAAAGGCCUCUUGCCUGGGGAAAUUUUUCUCUUCAUGCUCUUCACCCUCCGCUGGUACUCUGCCCUUAUUGAUGCAAACCCUGCUCAAAAGUGGCCCGGAGAAAGGACCAGCAGACUAUUCUCUAAAUGGCGUCCCUGGACCGCAUGUCGAUGACGAUAGAAAGCUAAAUAAUCACAUAGUUUUUGUCAACAUUCGUCGAGCCAGAGAAGAGCAGAAUGGAGCAGUGCUCGCAGAGUCAAUGAUGCAGAGAAGGGUUUCAACAUUUAAUCACCAAGGAAAGAGACUUGUCCUUACAGAAAUGCACAUCGUCCAAACGCGUUUCAUUUCCGGUUUGGAGGAUGACCAUGACAUAGUCCUCAAAUACAGGGUGAAGAGACUAACUAAUAAGGUAAAGGAAGAAACAGACCUAAUGAUGUCUGUUCCUGAUGGGGCCCAACACGGACGGAUAGAUCUCGACGCUCGUCACGACGAUGAUGAAUAUUUUGAUUGUUUGAUGCAGCAACAUUUUGCAGCAAAUGGACGCAUUGUAGUAUUGACCAUCUUGACGGACCAUGGAAGGAUCAAUAAAGAGGAAGAUAAGGAGAGGGGAGUCGACUCGGCUUAUGCUACUGCCACCAUUGGUGAGAAAUGGGUGGACCGAUUCAUUAAGCGCCAUAAUGAGCUUUGCUCUAAAUAUACCCGAAAGUAUGAUUAUCAACGAGCAAAAUGUGAAGAUCCAGAGCUCAUUAAGGGGUGGUUCAAGCGGUUUCAUGACACUAUUCAAAAGUAUGGGAUCCUUGAGCAAGAUAUCUACAACAUGGACGAGACUGGCUUCCAAAUGGGUGUGAUUUCAACUGCCAAAGUUAUCUGUGGAUCAGAAACACAAGAGAGUCAUGCAAAAGCUAUACGGCCUGGGAAUCGUGAAUGGGUUACUGCAAUUGUUGCAGUAAAUGCAGCUGGAUGGGCCUUACCUCCACAUAUUAUUCUUGCGGCAGAGAAUUACCAAUCUCAAUGGUAUCAAGCUAUCCCAAAGGACUACCGAAUCAGUGUCAGCAAGAAUGGCUGGACAAAUGAUGAGAUAGGCCUUGAAUGGCUUCAGAAGACCUUCGAGACCUAUACAGCUUCAUACACAGUUGGGAGAUAUCGCCUAUUGAUUCUAGAUGGGCAUAGCAGCCAUGCUACUGCAGGAUUUGAUAAAUUCUGCACAGAGAAGAAUAUUAUUCCUCUUUAUAUGCCAUCACAUUCUUCUCCCUGCUCCACCGCUUGA